GUGUGUGUAUAUAUAUAUAUGUGUCAACAAGCACUCUCUUGACUCCGUUUGCUGUAGUGUUUUUUUUGUUUUUGUUUUUAUCAAUAACAUUUUAUUACUUCGGGGGUUUCUCUUUCAUCAGUUUUGUUCGGUGUGUUUGUUCUGCACAGUGGGUGUGUGUGUGUGUGCACCUUCGUUUUGUAUGAUGAUCAUAGUCUUCUAUUUGCAAAAAACAUACUGGCAAACAAAUCUUUAAGUGGCUCUUACUAGGUAGUUUUUUGAUAUGUGACGAAUACACACACGCAUGGCAUGCGAAUCUGUAUCACAACAGACUUCUCCCUUCACACAUAACCGCGCAAAUUGUACUCAUUGUGCUCAUGUGUGCUUGUAUGUAUGUAUGUAGGUAUGUGUUUUCGCAUAUGUAUGUAAAACCAUAUGUUGUAUUUUUUGAAUAGGAAAUUCGUAAAAUUUUUCUUAUUGAGGCAGACCCACUCGGUUCGCACACCAUCAACAACAAUAAGCAGCAAGAAAUAAACGAUCGCGCAGUUUGUUGAGCGAGGCGUCGUCGAUACUCUCGGUGCUCUGCUCUCAAACACCAAGCGAAUUUGUAGUAGUUGGCGGCGGCGGUUCGCAACAUUAAGUUGAUCAUAAAAGCAUUAGUUACAUAUUUGUAAUAUAACGCUUAACAUAAAAAAUAAAAUUCGGAAAUUCGGCUAAAUUCGCAACUUCAAGAAAACGCAAAAAAGAAAAGAACCAAACCAGCGCAACGCACAAACAAACGGCAACAACAAAAUAAGAAAUAAAGCACACACUCACGCACACACAUAAAAUAACCACAUGCAAUGAUAAAUGAUUUGAAUUUAAAAUUUUUUAAGAGAAAUUUCAAUUACGAAAUAUAGGAUGAAUAAGUUGCUGUUAUUGUUUAUGAAUAAUUUUCUAAUGCCAAUUAAAUAAUCACUUAUAUGUGUAGUCGCAAAAGUUUAUUUUUGCACGCAGAAUGUCCAUACACCUUAUAUUACUCCAACAACAACUACAAUACCAACAACAAAAUAAUGUGUCAUAUAUUUUUUAGUUAACAAAAAAAGAAAAAAAAAAAAACAAAUCUACAAGUGCCUUAUACCUACACAAAAAUCUUACCCGCAAUUCAUGCAAACAUCCAUUCUUACAUGCAUAACUACAUAAUAAAAUAAAAUUUGUAAUAACUACCUAUGCUAAAAACGUCGGUACCCUUGUGUACCAACACUAUGUGCAGCAUAUAAACCACAACGAAUUUCCCCCCACCAGAAUUUAUAAAAAAAAAAUAAUCAAAAAUGCUACCACCUCCAUCUGUUGUGUGAAAAUGUGCCGUUUAAAAUUAAUUGUGAUGGUGUAAACACGUUCCGAGGAGUUCUAAAUUUGGAAUCGGAGCAGGCAACAGUUCCUCAAAAAUUUCGCAUCUUUAAUUGGUUUAAAAUUUGACAAACAAAACAACAACAAAAUUGGCCAUCAAAAGUUUACAAACAAAAUAUUUAUUGGAAAACAGAAAACAAAAAAUCAAGAAACGCUAAAGCUGCAACCGCAUCCUCACAAAUCUCAGUUGCUGGCUAAACUGGGCUUUUUAUUUUAAAUUUGAUUAACAACGGAGAUUUGAACAAAAAUCUAGGAAAAUUACGCCCCUAAAUUUGGAUUACCUUUUUCAAUUAUAUUUCAACACCAGCAGGUUCAACGCUGACCUAGGAGCUAUGGACCAGCAAUUCUGUCUUCGCUGGAACAAUCAUCCGACAAAUUUAACCGGUGUUCUCACCUCCCUGCUGCAAAGAGAAGCCCUUUGCGAUGUUACUCUAGCCUGCGAAGGCGAAACAGUUAAGGCUCAUCAGGCUAUACUAUCAGCAUGCAGUCCAUAUUUCGAAACAAUAUUCCUGCAAAAUCACCACCCACACCCUAUCAUAUACUUGAAAGAUGUCAGAUACUCAGAAAUGCGAUCCCUGCUCGAUUUCAUGUACAAGGGCGAAGUAAAUGUCGGCCAAAGUUCAUUACCGAUGUUCCUGAAAACAGCCGAAAGUCUGCAGGUGCGCGGUCUCACAGAUAACAAUAAUCUUAAUUAUCCCUCUGAACUCGACAAACACCGCGAUGCAGACAUUUCAUCGCCCACUGGUCGAACAUCGUACGGCGGCGGCUCUGGUCUAGGAAUGCGCGGAGAACGCGAGUCUCGAGAUCGUCGUGGUGACCUGCGCGACGAUCUACAUUCGCACCGCAGCAGUAGUAGCCUUAGCGAGCGGAGUUCUGCGGCGGCAGCCGCCGUAGCUGCGGCAGCAGCUGUUGCUGCAGCCAGCGGCAACGCCAAUUUACAAUCUGCCGCAGCCACUUUAGGUUUAACAGGCGGUGAGCGAUCACCCAGCGUGGGAAGUACCAGUGCAGCAGCUGCCGCCGUUGCGGCUGCCGUCGCAGCUGCAGCAAGCCGUAGUGCUAGUACCGAUGUCUUAAACAGCCGUGCUGAUUCCGGCAGCGAUCGCGGAAGCGAUCGUGGAAAUGAUAACAGCGUUUGUGGUGUCAGCGGUAUUGGCGGAAUUGGCAGCAGCAUGGAUCGCGGUGGCGUCGAUGAGCGUCGUGAGGAUCUGGUCCAACUAGACUACAGCAGCCAGAGCAAGAGAGAUCGCGACAGAGAGGUGUCGACCACACCAGAGCAUAUUAUUAGUAAUAAAAGAAGACGUAAGAACUCAUCUAACUGUGAUAAUUUGUUGACCUCGACCCCAAAUGCGAAUGUACAGGACAGGCAUUACACCCAAGACUCUCAGGCGCCCUCAAACUUUAAAUCAAGUCCUGUGCCAAAGUCCCUUGGCGGUGGCGGUAAUACAUCAGAAACAGAAGAUUCCGGAGGACGCCGUGACUCUCCAUUGUCGGCCAGUGCUCUCAGCGGUGGCGGCAACGUUAAUGCAUCAUCUGGUGGCAUGGGUUUAAACCAAUCUCUGAGUAUUAAGCAAGAACUAAUGGAUGCCCAGCAGCAACAGCAACGUGAGCAUCACGUCUCCUUGCCUCCAGAAUACUUGCCGCAGCCGGCAGCAUUGAAACACCCCGAGGACAUGGUAUCAUUGUUAUCAAGCCAUUCGUUACAAGCAGCCGAUACGCGAGAGGAUCACAACGAUGCAAAACAAUUGCCUUUCGACCAGUCAGACAACAUUGAUGGUGAAAUUGUUGAUGGUGGAGGAGAAGGAGGAGGUGGUGAUGGUGAUGGCACUAUCGCCAAUGGCAAUGCUGGUGGCAGCGCCAAUGUCAUGGCCAGUACUGAUGGCGCACAACCCCAUCCGGAUGUACACCAUAUGGAACACGCCGAGGAUCAUAUGGAUGAAGACAGUGAUGAGAUGCCACCCGAUGAAAGGAUUCAUCAACAUCAACAUGGUAUUACUGAGCGGCGCCGAACUUUGGCUCGUCACGACGAAAGCAGCCACUAUACUGAGGUCUCCGAGGUCGCAGUUGAUGUUGACAACGAUGAGAUAGGUGUGGAGAAUAAUUAUAAUUGCCAUUAUAAAAGUGAAGAUUUGAAUUUGACGAAAAUCCGCUGUCAUCAGCGUGGGGACAUCUACAUGCAGCAACAGCAUCAUGAGGCUCAGCAUCAACUAGAGCACUCGCCUCAGCUCUCAACAUCACAUCGACACAUUCACCAUCAUUCGCAUCACCAGCACCACGAAGCACAUGUCCAACAUCAACAAAAUGUGGCAGCGGCUCCGCAGAGUGUCAUCAAUCUAGGUCGUUGUGGAUCUUCCUCUCUAGACACACUAGUUGCAGCCGAGGCGGCUGCCGCUGCACUUUCGCCAACAGCAUCCAGUACAUCAUCGGCAUCACUACAGCACCAACAGCAUAUGUAUGCAUUGCAACAGCACCAUCAUCAUGCGCAAGAACAACAACAGUCCACUGGCAGUAUACACCAUCACCACCACCAUGUCGCUCCGCAACAUGGCAACUAUCAUCAUGGCCACCAUCCCAAACUCCAUCCCUGCACGAACUCCACAAUGGUAUCGUCAUCGGCGGCAAUGCAAUCAGCAGCUGUGGCAGCGGCUGCAGCAGCAGCAGUACAUGAAAGUGAACAUCUCACGAACACGUCCUCUUCAACCUCUUCGGCUUCAGCCUCGUCGGCAGCUGCAGCGGCUGCAGCCGCGGCCGCCGCUAACCGACGCGAUCACAACAUUGACUAUUCGUUACUGUUCGUUCAAUUGUCCGGAACCCUGCCGACGCUCUAUCGUUGUGUCAGUUGUAAUAAAAUCGUUUCGAAUCGUUGGCACCACGCCAACAUACACAGGCCCCAGAGUCAUGAGUGUCCUGUUUGUGGCCAGAAAUUUACGCGUCGAGAUAACAUGAAAGCCCAUUGUAAGAUUAAGCAUGCCGACAUAAAAGAUCGUUUCUUCAGUCAUUAUGUACAUAUGUGAUCAAUUUUAUAUGUAGUCAAGUAAACAUACAAAAGUUAAAUAGUAGCAAAAUUUUCGUCUCUCUCACUCUCUCUCUCUAUCUCUCUCAACGAUUUCUUUCUAUAACUCAACAAGUAAUAAAAUGAAUAUCAGAUUGAAUAAUAACCAAACUUAAGUAAUAAAACAAAUAGAUACUUUCACAUACAUACGCUCUGCAAUUUAUUCUCUAACUACUAAAAUACCCGAAACCAAAACAAAAAAUCAAACCAAAAAUCUAAUUGCAUACAUAUGUCAAUCGAAACGAGUCUGCCCAAUUUACAGCAGAUUCUCAAGCAUAUACAAAUUUGCAUAGUAAUUUCUCUUACACUCACUCUCCUUUCAAUUUUUCUCUCUCCGAAUGCAAACUUAAUAGCCGUUAACCUAAUGACAAUUAAAAGAAGAAAAAGAAGAGAAAAGUAGAAAUUCGCAAAAUUGCGCUUUAAAUAAUAUUGUAAAAAAUUAGAGCAAGUUAGGGAAAAUUAGUAUCUAAACAAUUUUUCUUUUAAUUUUUUCUUAACAAAACAAAGUAUUAUAUAGUGCAUACCCAAAGGAAACAUCACUCAAUUAAAAAUUGGAAGAGAAUGUUUAGUAUAGGCUGUAGUAUUAAAUUAAAACCGUCUUAAUUUUAGUUGAUAAAGGCAAAUGCAAAAUCAAAACGAAGAACUUUGGAAACGAAACAGAGAUUGUGUUAAAUUUAUACAUAACGAAAACGAAAACAAAAACAAAAACAAUGAUCAUGAUGCCAAUGAUGAUGAUGAGGAUGAUGUCGAGACGAACAAAUCAGAUUACAAUGUGUACUUUAAAAGUAUUAUGCUAGAAAUUCCAAUUUAUUUUAAAUUACUUUAACAUGUCUUGUAGUUAAAUUAACUAAAUUAAUUUGUUAUUAAAUUUUAAUAAAAUUUGUAACUGCGCGAAUUUAUUUCUCUGCCAUAAUGAUUUUAGCCAAUUAUUUUAUUUUUAUUUUAAGCUUAAGUUAGAAUUGUUGACAAAUCUUUGGAUGGUUCUUGAAAUUUAAAUAUUCUGAAAAUGCUUCUAACAACAUAAACCAAAGAUUCUUUUACAAAUGGUAACGAUCAGUUGAUGAUUUUAGAUAUUAAUUCUCACAUUAACCAACCAAACCAAAUACCUACCUAAACCAUAACUAUAGAAAAGUAGAUUUAUAAUUACUAUAACUAAAUAAGAAAAAGAAAAAAUCAACAAAUAAAUACUACUCUAAGUACUGCAACACACACACAUACACAUUUAUAUACGUAAUCAAAUGGGAACCUAUCAUCUGUCGGAUAGUUUCGAUUUCAGUAGGUAAGGUAGGCAGUACUCAGCUGUUUUCUAAUGUGAAUGCAAAUCUAUAUCCUUCAAGUUCACAGACCAAUGUAUGUAUGUGCUUACCCAACAUGCCAGCACUAGUGCAUUGCGAUAGGGCACAAUAAUGGAAGACACUAGAAUUUACCUUUGCUUACCAACAUCAUUACAAUGAAAAUAAUCUUAAAAAUAAACGCUUCUCUUCAGUAGAAUAGGAACCUAUGGAAAUAUAAAGAAAUAAAUCCAGGAAAAUAUAGCAGUAUUUAGGAAACCCUCUUAUUACUUAUAAAUAUAACUUAAUGAGUAUGUACUUACUUAUCCUUACUCUCAUCUAGUCCCAUAAUUGGCGUAUACGUAGUCUGGCAGCGAUCAAUAAUAAGACGCUACAUACUUAUAGAUAAGUGUACAAAAAACAAUUCUAUAAAUAACAGAAAUAAUAUUUACAAUAUAAUUCCAAUAAAUCCAAACAUAUGCAGACAUA